AUGGUCAGCGAAGGGUCGAACUGUAGUGGUGGUCAUGCAUUGAAUCAGCCAUUUACCCCUGAUGUCGAUGAUGAUGAUGAAACACUUUUCAUCGCCGUCCGGCUAAUAGAUCGAAUCGUGCGAUGGAUGCGGAAUGGAACACAAGACCAGAUCAUCGCUGAUGGGAGACGACAAGAAAAUCGAACUGAUCAGUUGGAUCAACGAAUCACAGUGUUGAUCGAUCGAAUCAAUCGACGAGUGAUUUGA